UUCUCGCUCUACAGCGUCUUCUCGCUCUCUCGGUCUGGCUCGUCCAUGGGUGGCCGGAGGCCGGCAGCGGGGACGGAGGCGGAGGUCGGGGGGGCGGAGCGGGGGAGGAAGCGGGGCGGCGAAGUCAGGACGAAGCAGGCCGGGCGGGGCUCCUGCCGCGGGAGCUAGGCCAGAAUAAAUCGCCGGACCACAGCGGCUCCGACGUGUGCCCUUCUCUCCUUCUCUCUCUCUCUCUCUCUCCAACUAUCUUUGCUCGCGUUCUUGCUUCGAUUUGGGUGCGAAAGAUAGGGUUUUGCCGAGUGUUCUCGUUCAGUGGCUCUUCGGGGAACGAUGGGGCUGAUGCUUGGAGAAGCGCUGAAGAGCCUCUGUGUCGAGAUCGGGUGGUCCUACGCGGUCUUCUGGAGGGCGGUUGGUGCCCAGAACCCGACGCAUUUGGUCUGGGAGGAUGGAUAUUGUGAACGGGUGCCGCCCAUUUCGGGGGUUGAAGCUAUGGAUUUACUACUCAAGGAACAGGGGCUGAUAAGGAAUCAUAACAAUGAUCACGCUUCUGAGCUCAGGGGACAAGCGGAGGACAGAGUGGGCAUGCUGGUUAACAAGAUCAUGGCAGCGCAGGUCCAUGUUGUAGGAGCUGGGAUGGUUGGGCAAGCUGCUUUGACGGGAAAUCAUCAAUGGAUUAUCCAAGACAUCCUUCAUGAUUAUGGAUCCAUAGCCGAGGGUUUCGCUGAGAUUAACCACCAAUUCCUGGCAGGCAUUCAGACAAUUGCAGUUAUUCCUGUGAUUCCACAUGGCGUUGUACAACUUGGUGCUAUCCAAAUGAUCAUAGAAAAUACUGUGUUUGUAAACCAUGUGAGGAGUUUAUUUGCCCAGCUAGCUCAUGUGCCUGGAGCCCUUUUUUCUGAUAUCACUCAAAAAACUUUAAGCCAGAGGAGUCAAGUACAUUCUUCACUUGGCAUGCAAAUCUCUUAUCGCCAAUCUACAGAUAUCUGCACUAAGUCAAGUGAGAAUUUUCCGCAGAUGGCUUCAGAAGUGACAUCUACAAAACAGACCAUCACAAACAAAGGAAUGCUGCUUACUGGCCAAUUUCAACCAAAUAUAUAUCCAGGAGUUAAAUCCAUCCUUCACGCUAAUAGCCAACUGGAAAAUAGAUCUGCAGGAGCUCAGAUUAUACUCUCCAAGCCAGAUGAGAAUUUUAUCCAGCAGCUGCCAAGUGUUCCAAGCGUGGAAGGCCAAAAUCAGCCUUUAGUGAUGGCUUCAGGUGCAUCUUUUAGUAGCUUAAGAUUUCCUGAAGAGCAGCUGCUGUUAAUGUCAACUGUUCGGUCUGCUGACAAUACAGAAUCUGCAUUAUAUAAUGGUAAAAUAGAUCAGUUAAAAUCCAGUAAAUGUUACCUACCUAAUUCUUUAAAAGAUCCUGAUAUUGCGCACUUGUUUGGAACAAGUGGAUCGUUGGAAAAUGCAAAUGAUCUUGGAAACUUUGGUUCACUUCCAGAUGGCACUACAGAAAGUAUCAGAGUUUCAUGUGCCAACUCAUCUGUUAAUGGGGUAGCUCAAGUGUCCAACCAAAGAAAUCGCUCAAAUAGCAGUCGUGGGAUUUCAGGAAAUUCCCAGCAGAACCAGCUGUCUGCCAUGAAAAAUUCUCUAACUGUGUUGACAACAGAAAAGCAGAAAGUGGAAAACAAUUUGUUUCAAGCUUCUCAUGCCCCACCUUCUGAAUCUGAUGCAAAUGGUUUGUGUCAUAAUUUGCUUGUUGGAUCUCUUCCAGCACACAGGGUGAGCAAUUCAAAUUGUGCUCAGGAAGAUCAAAGAUCUUGUAAUGUUGCUUGUGGAGCAAAUGUUACUUGUGUUGCACAUGGGCAGAAUUUGAAAAAUUUUGAGGCAUCCGAGCUUCCACAUAUGUUAAAUGAGAAAACUUCUUUCUUAACUGUGGAGCCAAUGUCAGGAAAUGAUCUGUUCGAUAUGUUGGGUCUUGAGGAUAAGACUGAUUAUGCAUGUGGCAGUUUGGAUGAUGUUUUGUUGCAGAGUGAUGAUCUAAAUGCUUGCAAAUUGGAUGCUGAUAUAUCUAGCCUCUCGACUCAGCUGGAUGUUUGUCCUACCUUCGAUUCAUUGAAUGAUGAGAUUUUCUGUAGUCGUGUUUUUUCUAUGGCUGACUCUGACCAACUAUUGGAUGCUGUGAUCUCAAAGUUCAACUCUGGUGCCAAACAAAGCUCAGAUGACAAUAUGUCUUGUAAAACUUCAAUAACAAAUAUCCAUAGUUCUCAUCAUGGUGAUUCUCCCGACAUUGGCUGGGUGGAUUUGUCCGAGCAGGUGCAAGGUGAGAAUUUUGGUCAUGCACCCAUGCUUGUGAAACCAGAGAAAGCUGCUUCAAGUUAUAUCAAACCUGCAUGUAGUCUAGACAAAACUGAAGAGUGCUCCCAGAGAGUUGGCUUUCAUAAAUCCCAAAUUCGCCUUUGGGUUGAAAGUAGCCAGAAUGUGAAAUCUGAUAGUUUGUCUGCUUCAAAUGGUACAAAAGUUGAGGAGAUAGGUAAACUGAAUCGGAAGAGACCCAGACCAGGAGAGAGCCCUAGACCAAGGCCGAAAGAUCGCCAGAUGAUUCAAGACCGUAUUAAGGAACUUCGAGAAAUCGUACCUAAUGGGGCAAAGUGCAGCAUUGAUGCUUUAUUGGAGAGGACGAUAAAGCACAUGCUUUUCUUGCAAAGUGUGUCAAAACACGUGGACAAGCUCAAGGAAAUUGGAGAGCCUAAGAUAAUUAGUAAGGAGGGCGGUCCGCUCUUGGAAGACAACUUCGAUGGUGGAGCAACAUGGGCAUUUGAAGUCGGUUCUCAGUCCAUGAUCUGCCCAAUCAUGGUUGAAGAUCUAAACCCGCCUCGUCAAAUGCUAGUGGAGUAUUCUCUUCAGAUGCUUUGUGAGGAGCGGGGUUUCUUUCUGGAGAUUGCUGACUUCAUUAGAGGACUGGGAUUGACCAUCUUAAAGGGAGUGAUGGAAGCUCGCAAGAAUAAAGUUUGGGCACGUUUCGCAGUGGAGGCGAACAGGGAUGUGACGAGGAUGGAAAUUUUCCUGUCACUUGUGCGAAUGUUGGAACCAACUGCCGGGAGCAGUAUAGCCCCACAAAAUGUCGACGAUGUCAACAUGCCACAUACCAUGCUGCAUCAACCUACUAUUCCUGUAACAGGGUUGUCUGAUCGCCGUCUAUAAGUAAUCCAACCUUUGCAGACAAUGCUAAGAGUGGGGCUGGCUUCUCCUGCCAUGACUAGCAUUCCGAUGUCCGUAAGGGUUUUUGAGCACCGCAUUAGAUGUUUUAUCGAGGGGGCUAGCUGCUCAGUUCUGAAACCUCUUCAAAUCUGACGAGCUGUACAUUUUGAUUAUGCUAAUUGUUGAUCUUGCUCAGGUUUCUAUGUAAGCUUAUUUGUCCUUCCUUCUGGAGCAUUUUCUUUUGGUUGUUAGGUGCUAAGUAUUGUUCUAAUUUCUUGUGGGGAGAAGCUCCUCCAGGUGAGCAGGCUAUAGAUGUAAAAACUUGGGUGCUCAGGCGUUCAAACAUCA